AACAUAUAAUAAAAAUGGGUCGUCGUCCAGCUCGUUGCUAUAGAUAUCAAAAGAACAAACCAUACAUCAAGUCAAGAUACUGUCGUGGUGUCCCAGAUGCUAAAAUCAGAAUUUUCGAUUUAGGUAGAAAGAAAGCCGCAGCUAUUGAUUUCCCACUCUGUGUCCACUUAAUCUCAUUAGAAAAAGAACAACUUUCAUCAGAAUCAAUUGAAGCUGGUCGUAUUUCAUGUAACAAAUACAUCUCUAAAACCGGUGGUAAAGAUUCAUUCCACAUGAGAGUUAGAGUUCACCCAUGGCACGUACUUCGUAUCAAUAAGAUGCUUUCAUGUGCUGGUGCUGAUAGACUUCAAACUGGUAUGAGAGGUGCUUUCGGUAAACCAAUGGGUACUGUUGCUCGUGUUGAUAUUGGUCAAAUCAUUUUCUCAAUCAGAACCAAAGACUCCAUGUUAGCCAACGUUAUUGAAGCCUUACGUAGAUCUUCAUACAAAUUCCCAGGUCGUCAAAAGAUCGUCAUCUCAAAGAAAUGGGGUUUCACUCACUUCGAUCGUGAAGAAUUCUUAAAAUUAAAAGAAGAAGGCAGAUUAAUGAACGACGGUGCCAACGUUAAAGUUAUCACUAACCACGGUUCAUUAGAACAAUACGGUCAAGAUAUCACCUUUGCCAACUAAAUUUUUAAAUAAAAAAAGUUAAACUUUUUAAAAAAAAAAAAAAACAUUCUUUAUAUGUAUU